UCCCCAGCCGGCUCCUUUGUAGGUCCUUAGUUCCUUGCCAAGACCUCGAGGCUUUGCCAGCUCCGGAGGACGAAGACAUGGCCAGGGGCCCUGACGACACACCGAGGUGGGCAGCCCUGAUGGUGCUGGCUGCCCUGGGCACAGCGGUGACGGAGACCACCAACCCUGGCAUCGUGGCCAGGAUCACCCAGAAGGGCCUGGACUACGCCCGCCAGCAGGGAGUGGCCGCGCUGCAGAAGGAGCUGGAGAAGAUGGAGAUUCCCUCUUUCUCAGGAAGCUUUAAGAUCAAGUUCCUGGGGAAAGGUGAAUAUAGCUUCUACAGCCUGGUUAUCCGUGAAGUCCAGCUGCCCAGCUCCCAGAUAAGACUGUUGCCCAACGAGGGCCUGGCUCUCUCCGUGACAGAUGCCAGCGUCAAGAUCAGCGGGAAAUGGAAGGCACGCAAGAAUUUCAUCAAAACCAGCGGCAACUUUGAUCUCAGUGUGGAAGGCGUCUCCAUUUCGGCUGGUCUGAACCUGAGCUGCGACCCCGCUUCAGGCCACACCACCGUCACCUGCUCCGGCUGCAGCAACCACAUUGACAGCAUCCACGUGCACGUCUCCGGCAGCCACCUGGGGUAUGGCCUCCUGGGGCUGUGGAUCUGCCAGGUAGUGACCAAGUCUGUGUCCUCCAAGCUGGAACCUUAUUUCCAGACAAUGCCAGUGACAGCCAAAAUAGAUAAGGUGGCCGGGAUCGAUUACUCACUGUUGGCACCACCGAUAGCCACGACUGAAACCCUGGAUGGGCAGCUGAAGGGGGAGUUCUUCAGCCUGGCCCACCGCAGCCCCCCUCCCUUCGCCCCACCGGCGCUGGCCAUACCCAUGGACCAUGACCACAUGGUGUACCUGGGCAUCUCUGACUAUUUCUUCAAUACGGCUGGGCUUGUGUACCAACAGGCUGGAGUUCUGAACCUGACCCUCAAGGAUGACAUGAUUCCAAAGAAAUCCAAAUUCCGACUGACAACCAAGUACUUUGGAACCCUCAUACCCCAGUUGGCCAAGAUGUUCCCCAACAUGAGCAUGCAGUUCCUCGUCAGAGUCUCUUCUCCACCGCACCUCACUGUGUCCCCCGCUGGCCUUGCCUGCACCCCGGUCCUGGAGGCCCAGGCCUUCGCUGUCCUCCCGAACUCCUCCUUGGCCCCUCUCUUCCUGCUUGGCAUGAGCGCGAACGCUUCUGUGGAGGUCGGCGCCAUGUCCGACAGGCUUGUGGGAGAACUCAGCUUGGACAAGCUGCUCCUGGAACUGAAGCACUCAGACAUCGGCCCCUUCUCGGUUGAGUUGCUGCAGGCCAUCAUGAACUACAUUGUGCCCACUACUGUGCUUCCCAAGGUUAACGAGAGGCUGCAGAAAGGCUACCCUCUCCCGCUGCCCACCCACGUCCAGCUCUUCAACCUGGUGCUUCAGCCUUACCAGAACUUCCUGCUGUUUGGAGCAGAUGUUCUCUACAACUGAAGUCGCCAUCGGUGCGGGGGCUGUCAGCACACCAGCCGCGGAGGGGUUGUCAACACUGUUCCCGACAGGCCUGUGGGCCACCUUUCUCCAGGCGCCCCCUCUAGCUCUUGACCCAGAGACCCUUGUGAACGUCUCUGAACUCAGGUUUAGAAAUGACCUAAGCAUGGAGAGCCGUGUUGCUUGGGAAAGUGUGUGCUGUGUAUUUUGGGGAUUAUGAGCUUCUUUCAAAAGCUAAGCCUGCCCAGACAUUUCCGCCAGGAAUUGCAUUUCAGUUGUGUAACCACAAUAUGUCUCUUUGUGCUUCACACACACACACACACACACACACACGAACGAAAAAGAGAAACACCUGGGUUUUUUAAAUGUGGAAUUCUGUGUGAUGGUAUUUCUUGUUUUAUGUCCAUUCAUUCAUUCAUUGGCUGUACCCAGCAUGGCCUGAGGCAUCAGUCUACAGCACAGAUGCAGUCACCUCUUCAUUUUUCUAGUUACUACCUUGGGCCCCCACAUGCCUCUGUUAGCAAAAAGCGCCAUUGUUCCCCUUUGGACACUGGCUAAGAGUCCAAAGGGAGUCUUGCUUUCUCAUGUCAGAGUGCUGUGUAGAUGGGUCCGCUGGGCUGUUGUUCCUGCCACUGCCACCUGGUGUCGCUGUUGAACAGCUAUCCUGCAAAGCCUGUUUUCCCUGCCCCACACUUGGGCCCAAGGAUGAUGGAUCCCUUAAUCCAGUGGUUCUCAACCUUCCUAAUGCCGCGACCCUUUAACACAGUUCCUCAUGUUGUGGUGACCCCCAACCAUAAAAUUAUUUUCGUUGCUACUUCAUAACUGUAAUUUUGCUAC